UUAUUAAAAACAAUCAUUCAAAGAAACAAAAUAAAAACGUUUUUUCUUUUCUUUUCUUUUCUCUUCCUAGCGUUAUCUUCUUCACCCCCAAUUGGUAUAAACCCACCCUACUCCCCCUUUGUUCGUCUCUGACAGUAAACAAUCAUAAUUCAGACACCAUUUGGUCCAAUUCUCUUUCUUUUAUCGUUCCCCUGAACCCUAACUCCGAACUCUAAGGUUUCCCCUCACGGAUCUCGUUCCAAUUGAUUCCACUUUCACUCUUUGCAGCCAUUUGAAAUGGGAAAUUUCAGUCCAUUAGGGUUUGAUCAUUAGUGUGUGUGUCUGUUUAUCCUUGUGGUGGAGGUGGUGGAGGUGGUGGUUAUGGCUGCUUUGCAGAGAGUGGCGCAGUCAAGCGUGAGCACUACUGCGAGUAGCUACGGUUCGUGUAAAGGUGGUGCUACUUCGUCCUUUUCUGCAGCCAACGAAAUGGCGGUCUCCGAUCGGUUUCCGGCGGGCUUAAGGGUUCUGGUGGUCGACGAUGACACCACUUGCUUGAGGAUUCUUGAGGUGUUGCUUGGCCGGUGUGCCUACCAAGUUACCGCUUGCUCCCAGGCUACUGUUGCUUUGAAUCUUCUACGAGAGAGGAAAGGCUGUUUUGAUGUGGUACUGAGUGAUGUUCAUAUGCCUGAUAUGGAUGGAUUUAAACUCCUGGAACAUGUUGGGCUGGAAAUGGACCUUCCUGUUAUCAUGAUGUCUGCUGAUGGGAGAACAAGUGCUGUUAUGCAAGGAAUUAAACAUGGGGCCUGCGAUUAUUUAAUUAAGCCUAUACAUGAGGCAGAACUCAAGAAUAUUUGGCAGCAUGUUGUUAGGAAAAAAUGGAACGGAAAUAAAGAACUUGAUCAUUCUGGGAGUUUGGAAGAUAAUGAUCGGAAUAAACGAGGAAACAGUGAUGUUGAAUACACAUCUUCUGUUAAUGAAGGAACAGAAGUAAUAUUGAAAGGUCCGAAGAAGAGGAGCAAUGCUAAAGAAGAUGAUGAUGGUGAUAUGGAAAGCGAUGAUCCGUCUACCUCGAAGAAACCUCGUGUAGUGUGGUCAGUUGAACUCCAUCAGCAGUUUGUCAGUGCUGUGAACCAACUUGGGCUUGAUAAGGCUGUACCAAAGAGAAUUCUUGAAUUGAUGAAUGUACCUGGUUUAAGUAGAGAAAACGUUGCAAGUCACCUACAGAAAUUCAGAUUAUAUUUGAAGAGAUUAGCGCAACAACAAAGUGGGAUUUCAAAUGGUUUUUGUGGGCCCGUAGAAUCAAAUGGGAAACUGGGUUCGCUUGGUAGAUUUGACAUCCAAGCUUUGGCUGCCUCUGGCCAAAUUCCUCCGCAAACACUAGCCGUCCUGCAAGCUGAGCUUUUAGGUCAACCUGCAGGGAACCUUGUGCCAGCAAUGGAUCAGCCUGCUAUUCUACAUGCAUCUCUACAGGGACCCAAGCGUGCUCCUGUUGAACAUGGUGUGCCAUUUGUGCAGCCUUUAAUAAAAUGCCAAUCGAAUGUUUCCAAACAUUUUCCACAAUCCAUCAUACCUGCUGAGGAUGUAUCUUCAGGGUUUGGAUCUUGGCGGUCUAAUAGUCUUAGUACCGUGGCACCGAGUAACAAUCUCGGAGGGUUGGCUACUCACAAUGGUAGCAUGCUGAUGGACAUUAUGCAGCAGGAACAAAGACAACAUAAGAAAACGCAACAGCAAUCUGUGCUAACUGAAUCUAGCCGUUUGAUUAAUGUGCAGCCGUCUUGCCUUGUGGUCCCCGCUCAGUCAUCAACUAGUUUCCAGGCUGGAAAUAGUCCUGCUUCUGUCAAUCAGAGUUGCAGUUUUAACAGGUCUACUGUUAUUGAUUACAGUAUUCUCUCGGCUCAAUCUAAUAAUUCCUCAUUGAAUAUUGGACAUAUACCAACUGGAAAUCUUAAAACUCCCAGCAUUCUUGAUGGGUACUCAGCCCCUGGUUCUGUUCCUUCCACAUCUUGCUCAGUUAAUGCUGGCAAUAACACCAGCCACCAGAACUCAGCUGUGCCAUUUUGUGAUUCUAGACAAUUGCCUGGGGUUUUGCAUGACAUGUCAAACAUCCAGGGUUUAUAUGUUGAUAAAUCAGGGGAAAUGCUCGACCAGGGACCCCUUAGGAAUCUUGGAUUUGUUGGUAAAGAGACUGGCAUUCCAAGUCAAUUUGCAGUGGAUGAUUUUGAAUCACAAGUGAGUAACUUGAACCGUGGAAAGAUCUAUGUGGAGAACAAUGGUAACCCAGUCAAGGAGGAGCCAAGUAUGAAUCUUGUGGAUAAUGCCAAAGUAGGCAUCCCAAUAUUACAAGAAUUUUCUUGUAGUGAUUUCAUGAGUGUUUUCACUGAAUAGGCUUUUGUUGUGUGGUUAGCGGAAGUCUCUUGAUUCCAUGGCGCGUACAGAUUAUUUCAUGUCAUCAAAUGUUCAGUAGAGAUGGCAGUUGAAGUUGUGUAUUAUAUCUAUGAUAGAUCUAAUUUCUGUGCCUGCACCAGAGUUGGGUGUAGAGCGGCCGUCCGUACCUGAGACUCAAAAACUGAGGACAAAUCUCAUUUGUGGGGGGUGGAGGUUCACUUUCAUGGUAGGGUAGUAUUAUUGGUCUUUAGGGGAAUAAAUUGUGUCAGUGUCCAAUAUGAUGAUGGUAUCUUGCCAACAUAAUUGUGUAGUUAUUUGGAUGUAGUGAUGUUGGAUUUGACGCGUUAGUUUAUCACCCUUUAAAUCUUGAAGUUGUAGCAUAUAAACAUGAGUAAUGCUAUAAUCAUAGUUUUUAGUUUUCACCU